GACGUGACGGGAGAGAGAAUGGAGGGGGUGGCCGAACCCUAUCAGGCACCGGCUAAGCGCCUGAAAUCCCUAGCCGGAACCAUGGCUCCGAGCUCCGGAUCGACCGGCAAGGGCAAGGAGAAGAUGGAGCGGGAGCUUACGGCUGCUGCAGGCGAGGGUUCUUCGGCUGCGGUGGAGGAGGAGGAGGGGGAGACGUGCGGCAUCUGCUUCUCCGAUUGCAAGCGGUCGACCCGCGGUCGAAUCGACAGCUGCGACCACUACUUCUGCUUCGUCUGCAUCAUGGAGUGGGCCAAGGUUGAGUCACGGUGCCCCCUCUGCAAGCGGCGGUUUCGGUCCAUCCGCCGACCCCCGGUGGAUGGGGUGUUCGUCGUUGAGCGGGUCGUCGAUGUUCCGGUCCGCGACCAGGUUUACCAUCCACUUGGCAACGAGAGUGUGGCCCUUUCAGAUCCAUAUGCACAUGUGAGCUGCAGUAUAUGCCAUGGUUCUCAAAAUGAGGAACUGCUGCUCCUAUGUGACUUAUGUGAUUCAGGUUCUCACACUUAUUGUAGUGGUCUGGGAACUAUCGUACCUGAGGGUGAUUGGUACUGCCCCGAUUGCACCAUUUCCAGGGAUAAGCAUUUGAAAUCUCAGUUUGAUGAUGAUUGUUGCCCUCAAGAUUCCGUAAAAAAUGUGGAUACGACUGAAGUGCCUGAACAAUCAGUGUCAAUCUAUGACAUUGUAGCUGAUGAAAUCACUUCUAAUUCAUCAAGAAGGUUCUCAACUAUAGAUGUUCUUGAUCCACAAAGUACUGGUUGCAUAUCACCAUCCAGAAACUCACAUCACGGUGAAAAUCAAGACUCUGGACUACAGACUGACCAGUCUUCCUCUGUUUCUACUGUUGGAAAAACUUUAUGUGGCCCAGCAAAAUGUAUUGAUACGGGAGCUAGAACCUUGCGCAAUUGUCGUAAUUUGCAUGAUCGUAUACAAGCCCUGCGUGAAAAUUGGAAUUCGCUUCGUGCUGGUUCAUUGCACUUUUCUUCAAAUUUUUUGGGUGCAAAGACAAAUGAGAAAAGACAAUCACUUCCUGCAAGAACUAGUCCUAACAUAUCAAGACAGCGAACCACCACAUCCCACAUCAACAGAGAGCAAACAUCUGCUAGUGCUUACGGUAGUCCUCACAUAUCAAGACAGCAAGCCACCACAUCUAACACAAACAGAGAGAACACAUCUGCUAAUGUUUAUGGCAAGACAGCUAAUAUUGGAAAUUCACAGGAUAUUGACAAAGCCUGGAAAAUGAUGAAAAUUGCAAAGGCAACACAAGCAACUCAAAGAGAUAGCAAAAGUGAUAAUUUUCUAAAUUCCCCUGGUAAGAGGAAUGUUGUACAGGAUGCUGUAAACUACCCUAGCAAGGCUAAUGUCUUGAAGGGAACUGAAAAACUUCAGUCUGGCUCAAGCAAUUGCAAUGGUAAAUCACGUGUUGGCAAAAUAACUCUUGGUACUGGAUCAGAUGACAGAUGUUUCACUUUAUAUCAGAGUCAAUGGUCCCAAAGUGAUUUCAACCAAACUCCAGAUGCACAUAAAGUGACUGAUUUGCAAGGACCUCGUUGGAAGGGUGAUCUAGCACAACAGCUAGUCUCAUCCGGUACUUCAACAAGGUCUAAUUUUCAAGAGUCAAUGGUCAAUCCAGGUUCUGUCGCUUGUUCACAAUCAUGUGUUUCCACCCCACCAUCUAAAAAGCUGAUUAAUUUCAAUACCUCAAACAUUGAAGCCAACAGCAAAGAAGUCAACGGGAACAAGAUGGAUGGGAAUUUGACCAUGAAUAAUGAUAGGGCAAAAAGCAAUUCCAGCAGCAAAUCUAAAUCAUUGGAUGAGAUCAACUUGAGUCUUCCAAGUAGAGAGCGACAUUUUGAUAAUAGGAAAUGUGAUUUGGGUACACAUGUUUGUGGUAGUUUGAUGAAAACCAAUGGUUUAGCUGACAACAGUUCUAAAAGUGAGAUUCAGUCUUUGGUUAAGCUAAACUUAAAAUUGCUAAGCAGAGAUCAACAAUUAGAUGUUGCUUUCUGCAGGAGCUGCGAGAUUCAAAGAAGUUGCAAGAAUUGCUACCCAUACCAUCUUGGCUGCUUGUGGGUUGGAACACUCCAAGUCAAGUGCUCGUUCUUUCCCCAGUCCAGUAUGCCAACACUCGGAACAAAUUAAGCAGCAUCGUAAGUCUAAACUGAUGCCCAGUUCUUGUCGAGAAUGCUUCUAUACAUUUGUGCAGAACGUUGUAAACUCUGUUAUGACCGAAAAAAAUUUAUAGCAGUCAACUCUGAUGUCAGUCUGAAUCAUAUAAUACGUAUAAUUAUAAUUAUGUUACGCCCCCUGGAUAACUGAGGGAGCAAGUGUAAUUCCAUGUUUUUUUUUUGUCUCA